GAUAAAAUAAUGGGUUGGACCUAAAAACUUAAGCGUUCAAAUUUACGAACCUAAAUUGGUAUCCCAACCCUCCCAACACUUAUAUUUAUAUCUAUAACAUAAAUAAAAGUAACCUUUUAAUCCUCAAUUUUCUGUACAGGUCAACAAAGUAAUUAAAAAUAAUUGAUGGGUAAAUUUGGUAAAAUGCUUCGGAAUGUGUUACUUUCUGGGGAAUCAAGAAAGGGUAGGGUAGGAAGCUUUUGGAAUGGGAGAAAGGUUUCUAAGCGAAAAAAUUUGCUGUCUUUCUUCCAUGGGUGAUCUUCAACAAAACGCAACCCAGUAAACCCACAAACGCUGCUAGUGUUCCAUCCACCAGAUCAUGCUGAUUAUGUUUAUGAUGUCGAUUUUGAUGACCAUAGCCAUUAUUCUUUCUCUUCACAUCUUCAUCAGCAUCUGACUUCAAAACUGCCUAAGAAACCGCAGAAGAACAAGACGAUAUCGUAGAAGCUGAAGAACAUGCAAUGGCCUUGACAAGUGGCCGAGUUAGCGAAGAAGAUGAAGGAGAAGACAUGCAAGGGAAAUUAGGAUGAGGAGGGAAAUUACCAUAGAAAAUUGAAGCAUUGUUAACAUCAAGAAAGUCAUCUUGCUACUCAUGGUCAAGCCAUCUUUCUCUUUCUUCAGUACCCAUCACUCUUUCCAUCUCAACAACAUCAAACCUUGAAGAGUUUGCUUCAUUUCUAUCCCCUGCAUGCAGAUCUUCACCUUGUAGCUGUUGUUGUACCCCUUUCAUUCCAUUUAAUGUUUCCCUUUUUUCCUCUUUUUUGUUCCAAAAAAAAUGCAACUUGAAAUGCUACCUAAAAAAUCCAACACAGUUCAGAAAGCAAAGAAUAAAAAAAGAAUUUCAGAUUUCGUGACUUCGUGGGAAUUGUGUACUUCAAAUCAGUGUUUGAUAGAAAAGAAGAAAAGGAAAAAUUCUUUUGAAUGGUGGCGGAAAACAGAAGAAGAAAAAGGGGUUGAUUUUGGUUUUAGGGACUGAAUCAGUGUUUUUGCGUUUCGGUCAAAAGAGCUUUUAGGAUUUUUUUUUUUUUGGGAAUUGGCAGGGGGAAAAUAGACUUGGCCGAUCGAUGACUAGAAACGGCGGUGGCUCACGGCAGGCCGGUGAUAGGCGAUGAUAAGCUGCAAAUCAGCGACGGAACUUGCCGAUCUGAAGGUUUAGACGACGAGGACGCGUGUAGGGAAGUGCGAACUCGGAAGGACCUUGGGUGAGGGGAGUUUUGCAAAGGUUAAGUUCGCUAAGAAUAUUGAGACCUGCGAGUGUGUGGCCAUUAAAAUCCUGGACCGUGACCAAGUUUUCAAUAGUCGAACAAGUAAAAACAUCCCUUUGAGUCUCCUUCAAGCACGUAAACAACAUUAAAACAAACAGCAAAGUGGGACCACCACUGACACCAAUGUUUAAUGUGGGUUCCACAUCUCAAGCGUCGGGAUUAAACGAAUUCAGGUUAUGAUAAAUUUUGUUGCAAUAUGGAAGUCUUUAGUUAAUUUGUUUUGACCAUUUAACAUUGUUGCGUUUUGUUUUUCUUUAAUGGUGAUUUUAUUGGGGCAGAUAAAAAAAGAAAUAUCAAUUAUGAAGCUUAUCAAGCAUCCCAAUGUUAUUAAGAUAUGUGAGGUUAUGGCAAGCAAGACAAAGAUUUAUAUUGUGAUCAAGUUUGUUGAUGGAAGCGAGCUUUUCGACAAAAUUGCCAAGCACAGGAGACUCAAAGAUGAGUUUAAAAGCUAUUUCCAUCAGCUUAUUAAUGCUGUUGAUUACUGCCAUAGUAGAGGCAUCUACCAUAGAGAUUUGAAGGAUUGAAGUUCAUCUUUAUUAACUAAUUAAUGAGUUAUUUUUAGGAGUGUAAUCGAGCCGAGUCGAGUCGAAUAGUGAGAAGUUCGAGCUCGAGUUCGAUUCACAACUCGAGGCUUGAUACUCGAUUCGAGCUCGAUCGAGUUUUAUUUUUCAAGAUCGAACU